UUCUAUAAUUGCAGGCCAAGUGGAUUUGAUAAAUGAAACUGAAAGUGGCUUUAGUAUAUACAUAUACACACACACACACACAUAUCAUCAUUGACUUAUUAUGUGACAGACUGAAUUUAUUGAGGCUGAUUUUCUAUGGCCACUUACACUUCCUGUAGCUAACUUGCCUAUUUCCAAACAAAGUAAUAUUUCUCCAUGGCCAGACAUGUUUUCGUAGAAUAUUGGAAAUAAAUGACACUCAUUUACCACAUGAUGUCUAGAGAAGAAAAGGCAAACAUUGACAUCAUCGUUUAACAUCUGUUAUCCAUGCUAACAUGGGUUGGAGAGUUUGCAGGGGAGGCACUAGGCUACAUUGGAUGAUUUAGCAUGGUUUCUGUGACUGGAUGCCCUUCCUAACACCAUAAUAUAUGUACUUGUUUAUGUAUAAGCAGUUUUAUUUGCACUAAAGUAUAUGGACUGGAUAGUUUGUACAGCUGGAUGUACUUCCGAUCACUAAUCACCUUACAGCAUGUACUGGUUGCUGUUUUUGUGCCACCAGCACUAUUGAGAUUGUCAUGAAGUUUGGAAUGUUACAAACCCUUAAAAAGGGGUGUUGGCUUUAUACUAGAGGAUGAGGGGUUAAAGUAUGAGAAAGCAUGGUGGGCAGAGUAGACUCUGAAAAUGGAGCCGCAUGGUUACUCACACUUAAAAGAUUAGGUGAGAAUGAUCAGUAGAAGCUUGAAGGAGAUAGCGUUGAUGUGGUGUCAAGGCAGGUCAUUCAUUGUACAAGGUAAGUAGAAGUAGAUGGAUUGAGUGGUGAUUUGCAAUGUUAUAUAGGGGCCAUGAGACCAAAGGAGAGGCAGGCAACAACAGUAAAGACUGCUUAUAUCUGAAAAGUUGGAGUGGAAGGUAGAAUAUUUAUGAUUAUAGAAGUUCCUAAACUUCUUUUACACAUGGUGCACCUUACAAGUCAAAACAUUUUGGCCCAAACCUCACAGAGGCAAUGACUAGUGAUCAAGACCUUUGGCUAUGUGCUCUACUUAAGGGGUCCCUUAAGUGCGCCCACACUGGUAGCACAUAAAGAAAAAAUCAACCUUUGAACAUUGGGCCUCACGGAGGCAAAGUGGCUGAGUACCAUUUGAGCGUUGGGCAUGAAGGAGGCAAAGUGAUUGAGUUCCUUUCGAGUAUUAGGCCUCAUGGAGGUAAAAUGGCUGAGUUCCGUUUGAGUGUUGGGCCUCAGAGGUGAGGUGACUGAGUUCCUUUCGAGUAUUGAGCCUCAUGGAAGCAAAGUGGCAGAGUUCCUUUUGAGUAUUGGCCCUGACAGAGGUGAGGUGGCUGAGUUCUUUUUGAGCAUUGGGCCUUGUGGAGGCAAAGUGACCAAGUUCCUGUCAAGUGUUGGGCCUUAUGGAGGCAAUGGCCAAGACCUUUGGCAUUAUGAAGAAGACCCACCAAGCCAUGGAUUCACUGAAUGUGCCAUAAAAUGUCAAUUUCAAGGAUAGAUUGAUGUUAAUUUAGUUUUUAUCCUUAUGAGAUUUCAGGUUCAUAAAUUGAAUAAUACUGUCAUACCAUAAUUAGGCUAAGUGAAUUGAACGACACAACCACCUCUCGUUCUUAGUUUAGAACUUAGUAUUUAGUUUUUUGCCACUUAUAUACAUUUAUAUAUGAACUUCUAGUGAAUUUCGGUUUGUAAUUUUCGUAUUUUGAAAUAUUAUAUUGCUUUUUCGAGGCACACAAUUUGGGAACCACUGGGUUAGGCUGUAGGAUGGAGGUUGUGAAAGAGGAAGGUGUUAUGCAGUGGUGGGAGCAGUAAAUUAUGGUACUGUAGUUGUGAACAAUAUUAAUGGGUGAUGAAAAGCUAAGAAGUAAUAUGGAUUUCGGUAGGAAGGUUAAAAAAAAAGCAGUAUGGUGAUACAAAAUGAAGGGUGGAGGUAGAGCAAUUUGUGUAUCUAUAUGUACACACAUACACAAAGUGGUCUCAGUGUACAGUUUUCCUAAGGUGGGUGGGUUUUAAGAAUUGUAUAUCACCAGCCAUCCUGUUCCUUAGUUAUGUCUAUGAGGCUCAGUCUUGAAAUUGGUUUUGCACCAUUUCUCAUGCCCUGUUUCUCUCUUUUCCACAGGCUCAAAACAUUAAAUGAUUGGCAUUUCUUUUUAAAUCCGUUUUCAUUUAAAUGCAUAACUUGUCCAUUCCAGGCAAUCUUCUUUCUUGCACAGCACACCUGAUUCUCUCUACAUUUAUACUAUAUCGUUUACACACUUACAUUAUGCAUCCAGUUAAGCAUACUUCGAUUCUUUCCAGUCUUCUCAAGGCCUAUGUCAUACUACCAUGCAGCAUUGUAUUUCUAACACAAGCAUCAUACAAUCUCCGUUUCAGCCUGUGGGAAAAAGCAUUUGUUGCUGAAAGAGGUUGUAUCUUCCUGAACUUUCUGCAGUCUGUUCUUACUCUGUCAAUGAUACUUUCAUAGCAACCACGUCUGUUUUCAGGGUGCUCAUACUACAUACUGCUUCAGUGCAUCUAUCACAUACGAAGCUUCUUUUCUCUGCUAGUCUGCCUAUGAUUCCACUUCAUCUCUUGUGUGUCUACAGCUUCCAUUGGCAACAGUGUAAGUUUACAUUUUAGGCUUCUGCAUAUUGAGUAAGGCCAUUUCCCCGAGGACACCAGGGUCUAAUCUUAAGGAAAAUUUUAUAAGGGUUUAAAGUUUGAUUAUUUUUACUCAAUCAGAAAAGAUUUGAAGACUGGCAUUUUCUGCAUGAAAGCAAAACUUUAAGAUGAUGAAUUUUUAUCAAACAAAACAUUACGUCAAUGAAUGUCCUAAGAUACUUUGAAAUUUUAAUAAGUUUUAAUGAAUGAAGUCACGAAACGGUUGAACAGCCAUGUAAAUGAUUUAAAAAGGAAAAAAAUCCUCAACGAAAUUUUUUGACAUACUGCAAAAGAAACUACGUUAAUAUUGGGGUUUAGGGUCAGUCUGACAAGUGGAUGACCUGGGGUUAAUCAAUUGGUAACAUUUUUCUAAAAUUCCUCUCUGAAAACUUUUUUUGACAAAUUAUAAAAAAAAAAUUAAUAAAUAAACUUAAAGAAACUCUACGUUAGGCAUGUAAACAUGAACUGAACUGAAACUACAGCCUAACGUGUUUGAAUUUUCGCUUUAAAAGAUGUAUAGUUUACUGUAAAGCGAAAAUUCAAAAACGAAAGUCAGUAUAUGAGUGCUCGUUAAAGAAAAUACACGUAGUAGUUGUGGUAGUGUUAAACAGACAAUAGCUUCGCUUGUUACUAUACAAACAGGCACCAAUGUGUUGGAUGCUUUCCAGUCGCUGAAAUUAUUUGCAAAAUUUAAAAGCUAUUGAGUUAUUAUUAAUUUAAUUAGCAUACAAAAUUGAAGCAAAUACGAAAACAACUGGAACAAAAUUUUAAAAAAUAGAAAACUGUAGCAGCAAUAGAAAAGAUCUGGACUCCUUUUGAUUUGCAAUUUAAUUUUCUUCAUUAUUUAUUUCUUGGGGAGAAAAUGAGUGCAAUUUUUAUCAUCAGCCUGUAAAACUACAUUUUCUGGAGAUUUGAACGACUUAUAGUGUUUCGUUGAAAUUGAACAUCAGAACCACUAGAAGCAGAUGCAAGAAACAACUACAACAUAUCGACAACGAUCGUUGAAAUUGGAUUCAUUAUCCGUGUUACAACUUGUGAAUACCCAAAAGCGGUGUCUUUCAUCUGUUUAGCAUCUCAUUCCACUGCUAACAUUCUGCCAAUGCGCAUGAUCAACCGGAAGUUGACUUCGACGUUCACUCAUCAGAUGCCAGCUUUGUAUUACGAAUUGAAUCGCAUAUGUAUAUAAGAUAAUUUAUUAGCUUGACGCAUAAAGCAGUGAAGAAUUAAUCAUAUUUAUCUCAUAUCUUCUAAUGAAUUUAUCUAUAAUGUUAUACAUUGUAUAUACGCAAUGGGAGUAAUUUCAGCAUCCUGACCAUCGUCACUGAUUUGCUCUUUAUAGCUGUGAUUCAUACGAGAAGUAACAGAUGGUAUUGGUAUAGAAGAAUUUAUUUACUUCAGAUUCGUCAUCAAUAUUUCUCAUCAUUUAAAUACUAAAGAAUGAUGUUAUUUCAAAUAGAAAUGAUUGGUGGGAUGACUGUGAAAUAUUUCUUGUGAACUGUGAUUAUUAUAUUAUUAACAGUGUAACUUUUUCUUUCACUAUCUGGAAUAUGUUCAAGAGUGAGCUUCUGCCAUCAACAGAUAUCAAUAAACAUGGAAUUUGAAGGAAAUUUUUAAGUAGAAAAUAUGAAUAAAACAUAGCAAUUAGUGAGAAAAGAACAGUAAUGGAAAAUACAUUACGUGAGACCCCAAUUAAAACAGAGUCUGAAGGCAUUGAUUUUCCUGAUGAGAUGCUGAAGGUGAUGGAAAAAACAUCAUACCACUGUGGUAUAUGUGGUAAAUCAUAUUCUGAGAGAGGAACAUUGACUAAACACAAACGUAUUCAUACGGGAGAGAAACUGUAUCAGUGUAAUAUCUGUGGUAAAUCAUUCAUUUCAAGUAAUUACUUAACUAUUCAUAUACGCACUCAUACAGGAGAGAAGCCAUAUCAGUGUGAUAUCUGUGGUAAAUCAUUCGCUCACAGUUCUCAUUUAAAAGUCCAUAAAUACAUUCAUACAGGAGGGCAGCCAUGCCAUUGUGAUAUCUGUGGUAAAUCUAUGUCUUCAAAGAGUAAAUUAACAGUACACAAACGCUUUCAUACUGGAGAGAAACCAUUUCAUUGUGAUAUUUGUGGUAAAUCAUUCUCUAUUAGUAGUCACUUAACUACUCACAAAUAUAUGCAUACAGGAGAGAAGCCAUAUCACUGUGAUAUCUGUGGUAAAUCAUUCUCUGUAGGAAGUAACCUAAAUACUCACAAACGACUUCAUACAGGAGAAAAACCAUACCACUGUGACAUCUGUGGGAAAACAUUAUCUGAUCAAGGUAACUUAACUAGUCAUAAACGUAUUCAUACAGGUGAGAAACGAUACCUCUGUGAUAUUUGUGGUAAAUCAUUCUCUGAUAGUAGGUCUUUAACUGCACACAAACGCAAUCACACUGGAGAAAAGCCAUAUCACUGUGAAAUCUGCGGUAAAGCGUUCAGCACCACACGUCAAGUAACUGUUCACCAACAUAUUCAUACAGGAGACAAGUCAUAUUCAUGCGAUAUCUGUGGUAAGUCAUUUCCUCGUAAUGAAUCAUUAUUUGUUCACAAACGCAUACACACAGGUGAGAAGCCAUACCACUGUGAUAUCUGUGGUAAAUCAUUCACAGUAUCAACUACUUUGACUACACACAAACGCAGUCAUACAGGAGAGAAACCAUAUCACUGUGAUACCUGUGGUAAAUCAUUCACUACAACAAGUUACCUAACUAAGCACAAACUCAUUCACACGCGAGAUACGCCAUAUCAUUGUGAUAUCUGUGGUAAAUCAUUUUCUCAAAAACGUCACUUCACUGCCCAUGCAUCUACUCAUACAGGUAAAUAACUGUGUCAAUGUAUAUGGUGCUGUAAAAAAUACGUAACCAUAAAUGUAUUCACAGAGGGAGUUAGAGCUAUCUUUCUAGACUAUAUAGUUCAUGUAACUACAUUUAAUAUCUACAUUCAUGAAAUGACUUCCCUGUUUGAUUAUGAUAAAGGUAUUGUUUCAGAAAAUAGUCAUAUGUAUAUUGUAGCUAACAUACAUGUCCCGAGAGAUGACAAUAUACAAUAAAUUUAUUGGAUAUUGUGUAAGUAACUGAGAAAUGAAUUCUUAUAAAUCAUGAAUAACAUCACUGUACAGUUCAAUUAGAAAUAGAAUUAUGAACAAUAAAAGAAAAUUAUACCACAUUGGGAUGUAA